GUUUAGUUUGUUAGCUACAAGAUGGCGGCACCCAUCGAAUCGCACCGCCUUGCUUCAGUGGAAAUAUAACUGCAACCAAGAAAAUUAAUGCGUCAAUUUUGAAGAGAUGCACAAAAAAAUUGUCUGCGAGUUCCACAAUUUUGAUGGCUGUGCAUUCAUGAUGUUCCGGAUCUACGUUUCAUAUUUUCUGCUAAGUGUCUAGCUAGCUAAAAUUGCGGCUCCCAUUGAUUUUUUUUGGUGCUUCUUCUUGGCUAAAUAAGCUUGAAAGCUAGCAACCACAGCCUGGACAUAUUUAUAUUCUCUAUACAAUUAUCUACAAGUGGUCUUGACCUGAGAGACUGAAUCUACCGGCACCAUGGCAUCUGGGACCUCUGGCUCAGUUCUGCAGCCACGGUGGAAGCGGGUGUUGGGUUGGUCCGGCCCUGUCCCUCGGCCCCGACACGGACAUCGUGCAGUUGCAAUCAAAGAAUUGAUGGUCGUUUUCGGGGGAGGCAAUGAAGGAAUUGUGGAUGAGCUGCACGUUUAUAACACAGCGACCAACCAGUGGUUCAUUCCUGCUGUCCGUGGUGACAUCCCGCCUGGCUGUGCUGCGUAUGGGUUUGUGUGUGAUGGCACCAGGCUGCUGGUGUUCGGGGGGAUGGUGGAGUAUGGUAAAUACAGCAACGAUCUGUAUGAACUGCAGGCCAGUCGCUGGGAGUGGAAGCGUCUGAAGCCCAAGUCUCCUAAGAACGGCCCUCCUCCCUGUCCCCGCCUGGGACACAGCUUCUCCCUGGUAGGGAACAAAUGCUUCCUGUUCGGAGGACUGGCUAACGACAGUGAGGACCCCAAGAACAACAUCCCCAGAUACCUGAAUGAUCUGUAUACGUUGGAGCUGCGUGCCGGCUCCAGUGUGGUGGGCUGGGACAUCCCCGUCACCUACGGGGUGCUGCCCCCGCCCAGAGAGAGCCACACUGCCGUGGUCUACACAGAGAAGACCUCCAAGAAGUCCCGUCUGGUCAUCUAUGGGGGUAUGAGCGGCUGUCGACUGGGAGAUUUGUGGGUCCUAGAUAUAGACACCUUGACGUGGAAUAAGCCGUCUAUCAACGGUACAGCUCCUCUUCCCCGCAGUCUCCAUUCUGCCACAACCAUCACCAACAAGAUGUACGUGUUCGGAGGCUGGGUUCCCCUGGUAAUGGAUGACGUCAAAGUAGCGACACACGAGAAGGAGUGGAAGUGCACUAACACACUGGCCUGUCUCAACCUAGACUCGAUGGCGUGGGAGUCGGUGCUGAUGGACUCUCUGGAAGAUAACAUCCCCAGGGCCAGGGCCGGACACUGCUCCGUGGCCAUCAACUCGCGCCUCUACGUCUGGAGCGGCCGGGACGGGUACCGUAAGGCCUGGAACAACCAGGUGUGCUGUAAGGACCUCUGGUACCUGGAGACAGAGAAGCCCCACCCCCCGUCACGGGUGCAGUUGGUGAGAGCCAACACCAGCAGCCUUGAGGUGAGCUGGGGAGCGGUACCUACUUCGGACACCUACCUGCUGCAGCUGCAGAAGUACGAUAUCCCCCCCGCCUCAGCCACCACCUCCCCUGGUGUCAGCCCCGUGACGUCACUACCGGUCAACUCCCCCAAGAGCCCCGUCACAGCCUCUGCUGCGGCGUCCGCCCAGGGCCACCCUCUCCAGGGCUUAACGCUGGUGCCCUCCCCCACCACCUCCAUGCCUGGGAGUCCACUGGCUGCUGCUAACACACGCGGGCCAGCUAUUCUGAAGGUGGCUGCUCCCCACUCCACCACAGGCACCUCCAUCGUCACGGUGAGACAGGCCAACCAGGGCGGGAAAUCUCCCGUAACGGUGACAUCACUUCCUGCCGGGGUCCGCAUGGUGGUGCCGGCCCAGGGCGCACAGGGAACGCCAAUGGGCAGCAGCCCUCAGAUGAGUGGCAUGGCUGCGCUGGCUGCAGCUGCUGCGGCCACCCAGAAGAUCCCGCCCUCCACGGCCACCAUGCAGCUACCAGCUGGUGCUACUAUGGUCAAGACCGUGGCCAUGAGCCCCGGAUCACAGACUGUCAAAGUAGCCUCGCCUGUUAUGGUUAGUAACCCAGCCACCCGCAUGCUGAAGACCGCUGCGGCUCAGGUGGGCACGUCAGGUGUCGCCACACCCGGAACGCCCACUCGCCCAAUCAUCACCGUGCACAAGUCUGGCACGGUGACGGUCGCCCAGCAACACCAGGUGGUUACCACGGUAGUGGGAGGAGUCACUAAGACCAUCACCCUGGUCAAGAGUCCCCUUACUAUGGGGGGAGGCGGAACACUGCUGACUGCAGCCAACCAGGGUCAAAACAAACUGAUGUCUGGCAAGGACGUACAGAAUUGGCUGUCCAACUUGUCCAACCUGGGAAAGGUGAUGUCAGUGGUCCAGACGAAGCCUGGUCAGACCGGAGCGGUGACGGGACAGGCUGGCUCCAGCCUGCAGCACAUCAUACAGACUAAAGGUCCCCUCCCGGCGGGCACCAUCCUGAAGCUGGUGACAUCAGCAGACGGGAAGCCCACCACGAUCAUCACAACGUCCCAGGCUGGGACCGUUGGGGGAAAGCCUACUAUCCUGUCUUACAGCGGCAUGCCCACCACAACCAAACCUGGCACACACAUCAUCAAGACCAUACCCAUGUCUGCCAUCGGACAAGCAGGAGUGACAGGAAGUGGUAUGAAGUCCCCCAUUACCAUCAUCACCACUAAGAUGAUGACACCAGGCACCGGGACUCCAGGCAAGAUCAUCAGCGCUAUGCCCAGAGCUGGUGCUGGCCAGCAGGGACUCACACAGGUGGUGCUGAAGGGUGCCCCAGGACAGCCCGGGACUAUUUUACGGACCGUCCCCAUGGGAGGAGUACGUCUCGUCUCCCCGGUAACUGUUUCCGGUGUCAAACCUAACGUCACCACCCUUGUUGUCAAGGGAACCACAGGUGUGACCACGUUUGGUACGGUGACCGGUACAGUGUCUACGAGCCUGGCAGGUGGAAGUGUUGCCACGGCUACUCCAAUCACCACCUUGGGCGCUAUGACCACUCUGCCUGGACAGGUCACUGACUCCGCAGCUCAGGCGGGAGGUCAGCCCACCCAGGUGACCCUGAUCACGACCCCAAGUGGUGUGGAUGCUCAGCCUGUCCACGACCUCCCGGUCUCCAUCCUGUCCUCCCCCACCUCCGCCGACCCCUCCUCCACCCAGCCUGAGGCAGGCGACCCAGGCACGGUGACCCUGGUCUGCUCGAACCCCCCUUGCGAGACCCACGAGACCGGCACCACCAAUACGGCUACCACGGCCUCCGCUAACAUGACCGGUAAUGGUGGGGUGGAGAGAGUGUGUUCAAACCCGCCGUGCGAAACCCACGAGACCGGCACCACCAAUACGGCUACCACGGCCUCCGCUAACAUGACCGGUAAUGGUGGGGUGGAGAGGGUGUGUUCAAACCCCCCCUGCGAGACCCACGAGACCGGCACCACCAAUACUCAAACGAUGGCGUCCUCCAACAUGGGCCAGGUACAGCAGCUGUGCACAAACCCCCCGUCAGAUACAGGCGGCACCAACCCCCCGUCAGAGACCCACGAUACAGGCACUACCAACACCCCGACCACAGCCAGCUGCAACAUGGGGUCCAACAAGCAACAGCAAGGCUCCAGCGUGACAAACACCACCAGCGGGUCUGAUCCCCCGUCCUCGCCGUUCCCCUCCUCCGGAGCCCUCUCCCCCUCGUCUGUCUCCGGGGCCGUGUCUGCGCCGGGGGUGCUGCGACCAGAGACCCUGAGAACAGGGACCACCUACACCUCCACCACCGCCCGCUCUAACAUGGGCUCUGAUAAGAUGGGGAUGAGUCUCAGCUCCUCGUCCUCCGACGGCCAGAGCAAGUCGUCCAGCGGUGGAGUCACCUCCCCUGUGUGCUCCAGUCCACGCUGUGAAACACACCAGACAGACACCGCCACGGCCGGAGCUGGAGGCAGCAGCGCCACGCAGGUCUGCUCCAGUCCACCCUGUGAAACACACCAGACUGGCACCACGACUGUCUCGACGCUGGGCAACGGGAAGACUACAGGGACAGCGCAGAGGGUCUGCUCCAACCCACCGUGUGAGACGCAUGAGACUGGGACGACCAACACCCCGUCUCAGGCUACGUCCAACCCGGCGGGAACGGGCACGGUCCAGGAAGUCUGCUCCAACCCACCGUGUGAGACGCAUGAGACCGGGACGACCAACACCCCGUCUCAGGCUACGUCCAACCUGGCGGGAACGGGCACGGUCCAGGAAGUCUGCUCCAACCCACCGUGUGAGACUCAUGAAACGGGAACCACCAACACCCCGUCUCAGGCUACGUCCAACCUGGCGGGAACGGGCACGGUCCAGGAAGUCUGCUCCAACCCACCGUGUGAGACUCAUGAAACGGGAACCACCAACACAGCUACUACUGCCACAGCCCAGCCUGGUGACUCGACACAGGGAGACAACGGAACUACGGAGGCUCCCUCGUCGUCCUCGGUAACCACAGAGUCCAGCGCCGUGGUGGCGUCUGGCCGAGCAGUUACCACGGUUACCCAGUCCACACCCACACCUGGACCCUCUGUACCUGAGAUCUCGUCGAUGUCUGGGUCGUCUGAGGCGAUGGCCGCGGCGUGUAUAGAGGGCGAGGAGGCCAUGCAGACUGACUCUCUCCCAGAGGGCACCGUGAGGGUUGUGACCCUGGAGGAGGCUGCUGCAGCUGGGAUACAGGUCCAUGUGGAGGGCAUGGAGGAACAGAACCAGGGGGAGCAGGAGGGCCUGCCUGCGGAGCUGAUGUCUGAAGGUGACGCGGGGGACAACCAGACCCUGAUGGUGACGGGUUUAACCCCCGAGGAGCUGGCUGUUACCGCUGCAGCCGAGGAGGCAGCACAGCACGCUGCUACGGAGGAGGCUAACGCCCAGGCCAUGGCCAUACAGGCUGUGCUGCAGGCCGCACAGCACGCUGUCAUGUAUGAAGGAGACAGUGGCCAGGAGGGCCAGCAUCAGACCACCAACAUCCCCAUUGUGUUGACUCAGGCUGAGCUGGCAGCCCUGGUUCUACAACAACAACAGCUGCAGCAGGCUCAGGCCCAGGCUCAGGCUCAGGCCCAGGCCCAGGCCCAGGCCCAGGCAGCAGCCGCACAGCGCAACCAGUUUUAUUUGACCCAGCCCACCGAGGGCCUGGCCCCAGCAGACAGCCUGAACGACCCAGCGUCGGAGAGCAACGGGCAGGAGCUGGCUGCUGCAGUGACCCAGGCUGCGGCCCAGCUAGCCCCAACAUGCACCAUGGUGGUGGCCAGCCCGGCUAAGACUCAGCCAAUGGUGGUGGCCAGCCCGGCUAAGACUCAGCCCAUGAUUGUGGCCAGCCCGGCUAAGACUCAGCCCAUGGUUGUGGCCAGCCCGGCUAAGACUCAGCCUAUGAUUGUGGCCAGCCCGGCUAAGACUCAACCCAUGAUUGUGGCCAGCCCGGCUAAGAUGCAGGCAGCUGCUACCCUGGCAGAGGUGGCUAACGGCAUAGAGUCUGCUGCAGGGAGGCAAGGAGCUCCUCCUGUGGUGGCCAAAGCCCCGGUGAAGAAAGAAAACCAGUGGUUUGACGUUGGCAUCGUCAAGGUGACCAACACCGUGGUCACACACUACUACUUGCCCACUGACGACCAGGCCACUGUCGAUGAUGACUCUGGGGCGAUCCCAGACUACAGUCAGAUGAAGAAGAUGGACCUCCAGCCAGGGACGGCCUAUAAGUUCAGAGUGGCCGGGAUCAACACCUGUGGCCGGGGGAACUUCUCAGAGGUCUCAGCCUUCAAGACCUGUCUACCAGGCUUCCCCGGAGCUCCCUGUGCUAUCAAGAUCAGCAAGAGCCCAGACGGAGCCCACCUGACCUGGGAGCCUCCGUCGGUAACGUCUGGUAAGAUCAUUGAGUACUCCGUGUACCUGGCCAUCCAGAGCACCCAGAGCGGAGAGCAGGCCAAGCCCAGCACCACCACCCCAGCCCAGCUGGCCUUCAUGCGGGUGUUCUGCGGGCCAAACCCCUCCUGCCUGGUGCAGUCGUCCAGCCUCUCCAACGCACACAUAGACUACACCACCAAGCCUGCCAUCAUCUUCCGCAUCGCAGCCCGCAACGAGAAGGGUUACGGCCCUGCCACGCAGGUCAGGUGGCUCCAAGAGAUAGGUAAAGAUGGUGUUGCGGCGAAGCCCACUGCCAAGAGACCAGGCUCCUCGCCUGACAUGAAAGCUGCUGGUCCAAAGAAGGCCAGAUCAGACCAGUAAGGGGUUUCCUUCCUCUCCCCUUGUUGUCCAUGAUGACUAUGACUGAACUGAAUACAACACCUUCCUACUGAAUACAACAUCCCAGCCCUCACCAAGACCCCUCACCCAACUAUCUACAGUAUCCCAGCCUCAACCUCAGCCCCAACCUGGACCCAGACCAGCCCCCCAACCACCCAUCAUUCACAAAAUAGCCACAAGAAAAAUCCAGAUGAAAAUCAUCCCAGAGCCCUGCCCUCAUCCCUGGAGGUUGUGGUGCCAUGGACACCUUAUUUAAACCUCUUCUUCUUUAUCUGAUUAUUAUUGGUGUUUUCUUCUUAUGUUAAAAUGGUUGAAAGCACAUAAUUACAUUUUCUUGCUUUUUUUUUUUUUUCUUUGAUAUGAUUUUCUGUGAAAUCAAAAAAUACAAAAAAAACUGUUAAAAGUCCGCUUUAACUGUAGUUGCUUGUUAGUUCUUUUAGUUUCUGUACCAUGCUUUUCCCCUCCCCGGUCGAUUGGUCACAUUUAGAAGGAUCAGAUGGUUGCAAUAGGAGACGAUUGGAACAGAAGAACACAGCAUCACGUUGUCAUGGGGAGGAAAACACACCAAUGGAAAACAGACAGCACUUGGGGAUGACCAGUGUUUUCCAUUCAAGGGGAAUCAUCAUCAUCAUCAUCAUCAACCGAUCAAGACUCCAUAUUUGCCCUGGCUUUCGUCUUGCUUUGUGACGUCACUGUGUUCAUGCGUACUUAUGUCACGGGGGGGGGGGCGAGUAAAGGAAACGAGAGUUUCAUUUCGAGUAAAGAAGUGUGUUUUGAUGUAGCUUUGGGAUUCUCAUCCUCUAGUUGACCAUCUACUCUGAUUUUCCUUUUUCAUUGGAGGAUGUGUGGACACUGACUGACUGCCAGCCAGGGUGAAACAGUACCAUUUUUUUUUUUUUUUUCUAUGACCCUAUUCGACGGGUAAUUUGACAAGUUAUUUCAGAAUUGGUGGUGUAACGAACCGUUAAAUAAUGAGCUCUUUUUGUACUUGCUCUUGCUGCGAAAAGAUGAACAACAGAACGUAAGAUUUGACAGAAAGAAAGAGGAGAGGGUUUGUUUUUGUUUUACUUUGUCAUUUUUUUAUUAUUAAAGGAAUUGAUUUGCAGAAGAAGGAAAAAAAGAAUCUUAUUUUCACCUUUCCUCGUCUCAACCUGUUGAUAGUCCAUAGAAUUCGUUGGUUGAUAUCUAUGGAAUUUAGAAGGUUCUUUUUCCAAGCCUUGUAUUUAGAGUUCUGAGAAGAAACUGGGAUAUUUUCUGCCCCCAAAUGUGGAGAAACUGUUGAUAUUGAUAACCAUUGACAUUACUUUUGGUGUAUUAUUAUUAUUAUUAUUAUUCUUUGCUUUACAUAUGUUUAGGUAUGCAAGUGUGUGUAAUGUGACAAAUGUUUUCCAUGUAGUUGGCAUGCAUGUCUUUUUGAACAGAGCAUUUUUAUUUACCUAGCGGUGGGAUAUGUUGGUUAUGAAGAAGAAUGAUUGAAUGGUGCAGCAGCGGCCAGGGUUUGAGCUCAAGUUGUAAAUUAGUUCCUUCCUUCACGUAGCAAGUAAAGUCAAAAAAAAAAAAAAAAUGCCUUUUUAUAUAAUUAUCUGUAUCAAAAAUGUUUUUACAUGUUUGUCAUCUCGGUUGCUUUUUGUCUUGAUAUAUAAAAAAAAAAAAAAUGAAAACGGAAA